UGCACCGUCUUAUUCGUACCCAAUAUAUUUCAAACUAAAUUUCAUGUGUUUGCUCGCCGGCACAUUUUCCUUGCAUUGUAUGUGAUAAACAAUAUGAGGUUAACAUAUAGACUGCUCAAAAAUGUUUCAAAAAGGAAUUUAUUAAAGUCAAUUCGAGCUGAGGGUACAUCAUUUGGAUUUGGAAAUGAAAGUCAGAAGACAAUAAAUUCAAGCAAAACUGUUAUAGUAGAAUACAGUUCACCCAAUAUUGCUAAGCCAUUUCAUGUUGGACAUUUAAGGUCUACAAUACUUGGCAAUUACAUAGCUAAUCUGUAUGAGAGACUGGGAUGGAACGUUGUAAGACUGAACUACUUGGGAGACUGGGGGACACAAUUUGGUUUAUUAGCUGUAGGAUUUCAAAGAUACGGAAAUGAGGAAGAUCUUCAGGCAAAUGCUUUGCAUCAUCUGUUUGAAAUAUAUGUGAAGAUAAAUGAAGAUGUAGCUGCAGAAAAGAAAGAAGGUAAAAGUGUGACACACCAGGAGGGCAUGGAAGCAUUCAGAAAAAUGGAACAAGGUGAUACUGAAAUGCUCAACAUUUGGCAAAGAUUUAAAGACAUCAGUAUACAGGAGUAUUCUAAAUUGUAUCAGAGAUUAGGUGUGACAUUCACAGAGUACCAUUCAGAGUCAAUGUACGAUAAAGAAGCCAUAUCAUUAACAGAAAGGUUAAAGCACACGGGGAUACUACAGACGGACAGUGAAGGUAAAGGGUAUAUUCAAAUAGAAUCAGAUAAAGGUAUACCAGAUAAAGUGAAUAUUCUGAAAAGUGAUGGUACAACAUUGUAUAUUACAAGGGAUAUUGCUGCCAUUAUGGACAGAGCAGAGAAGUACAAGUUUGAUAAGAUACAUUAUGUUGUAGAAAAUGCCCAGCAUAUGCAUUUUAGUCAUCUGUGUGGUGCCAUGAAUAGAUUUCCUGAGUGGAAUAAUAGAUUGAAUGAAGAUCUCCAUGUAAAGUUUGGUAGAAUUGAAGGAAUAAGCACAAGAAAGGGCAAUGUGGUUUUUCUGAAGGAUGUUUUAGAUGAAGCAGCGAGUAGAUUUAAGACAUCAAUGAUGGCAAAGAAAAAUUAUAAAAUUGAUGAAAAAGACAUAGAUGCCGUAACUGAAGAGUUGGGGAAAAGUUCAAUAAUUGUUCAGGAUCUCGGCCAAAGACGCAUAAAGAAUUACAAAUUCAAUUGGGAAAGAAUUAUGUACAGCGCAAAGCUGCAAUAUUGUCAUGCUAGACUUUGGAAUCAGACUCAGACAGAGACACUGAUGGCGCAUCAUGUAACAGAGCCUGUAAUGUUUGUACGUGUAAAGUUGAUUGCCUUCUCUAGUUUGACAAAGCUAGUGUUGACAGUCACAUACUUUCUAUGA